AACCUUCGAAGGCUUUCUUUCCCAAAAAAAAAAAAUGACGGCGACAGCACAGGAGAGACGAGGAGAACACACACGCGCGCGAGCUUAGCCUAAAACAGAGGGGAGCCAGAGACCGCACGCCCAGCCUGCCAGCAAGAGACAGAGAGAAGAAGGAGAGAGCUGCGUGCGACGGCGGGAGGGCAAGAUGAACCCGGAAUAUGAUUACCUGUUCAAGCUGCUGUUGAUCGGAGACUCGGGCGUGGGAAAGUCGUGUCUGCUGUUGCGGUUCGCGGACGACACCUACACGGAGAGCUACAUCUCUACCAUCGGGGUGGACUUUAAAAUCCGCACCAUCGAGCUUGAUAGCAAGACCAUCAAGCUGCAAAUUUGGGACACUGCGGGACAGGAGAGGUUCCGGACGAUCACGUCCUCGUACUACCGGGGAGCCCACGGCAUCAUCGUGGUGUACGACGUCACCGACAAGGAGUCGUUCAACAACGUUAAGCAAUGGCUCCACGAGAUUGACAGGUAUGCGUGUGAAAAUGUGAACAAGUUGCUGGUGGGGAACAAGAGCGAUCUCGAGGCUAAGCGCGCGGUCACCACGGAGGAGGCCAAGGCAUUCGCGGACACGCUCGGGAUCGAGUUCCUCGAGACUUCGGCAAAGAACGCCUCCAACGUUGAAAAGGCCUUCAUGAUGAUGGCCAGCCAGAUCAAGAGCCGCAUGAAGAGCCAGCCCACGGGGGCGCCCCGCGGCGGCACGAGGCUCACCGCCUCCACACAAGUCUCGGGGGCCGGGUCGGGCGGUGGUUGUUGCUGAUUGGUCGAGGCUUGCAGAGAGAGGCCAAUGAGAGAGAGAGUCGCUACCGAGGAGUUGCUGCUGGUGUCGGUGGUGGAUUAUGCGAUCGCGACCGGGUCCCGCAGACGCUGAUCAUCACUCAACAGCAGACGGCCAGCGACGAAGCAGAAGGCUUUCUGUUUUUUUUUCCGCACCCCCCCACCCCACCGUUGUCAAUCGCUUUUAUCCCCGCCCCAGAGUAUGGGGUCGAAGUAAAACGGGGGACUUCGGUUCCCACCCGAUUUUGUCCUCGCUGCCCACCAGUCUGGUCCAGUGGCGACUGCGGAUACCGACAGGGAGGAGGCUCAGCGGCUUUUGCAUCGCUGUCGAAAAGGCAGCAGGAGGAGAAGCCUGCGGUGUUGUGGUCGAUUGAAUGAAUGCCGCAAAUGGCACUUGAAGAGUUCUCGGCCGUUGUUUGCUUUUUGGGUGGGUCCGAGGAGGCGGGCUCAGGCUUAUGUUUUUGAGGUGGGUUGGACAUACCACUUGGAUAGGGAAAGAAGGAGGUGGGACAUGGACUUCACUUUUUUCGUUUUUGUGGGUGACGUUUUUCGUUUUCGGGUAGGCGGGGAUGGCAACUAACCGGAGAAAGUUUUUAGGCACGUAGUGGACAAGCAGCAGUAGAGAGCCGCAGUAGCCCUCUUGUCCCAAAAACUUGUAAACUUGAAUGGGCACACACCCUUCCCUGCUAGCAGUAGCGUCUCUGCAACGGCCUACUUUUUGGUCCUCUUGGGGGGGGGGCGGGGAGGGGGAAGGCGUAGUUUCGAAGAAGGGAUAGUUCAGAUGAUGGGGUCAGGUUUAUGACCCUUCCCACCUUUUUUUUUUUUGGCCAAGCUCUAGCUCGAAUCUCCGGGACUUUUGGUCGGGGAGAUGCGGCAGUAUUGGAGGGAGGCUUGUUGAGUAGUUCCGUCAGCGACACAAAGAGCGGCCCCGACCUGCUGUGUGCACCCCCCUCCUUCGCUUUUUUUUGUUCUGUUGUUGCCUUUGGUAUCUUGACUUGACAUAAGUGGUUUCGCGCGCAAGGUGCGCGUAAGGUGCAUUGUUUUGUUUCUGUUGCCGGCCUGCCUCUUGCGCCACCGGUGUGAAAGGGAGUUCGGCGUUUUUUGUUCAUGCCAUCCAACUUUCGGGGGCGCCGCGAUUUCUUCUCUUGUGCCGCUUUGCGAACGAAGCGCACAGGGGAAAGGAAGGCCCGAGGCAGCAGCAGCAGCAGCCGCUGCCGCCGCCGCCGCGUAUUAUGAAAGUGUGUGUUUUUUUCGCCUGGUACGGUAUCCGCGCGCUCUGCAGAAAAGUGGCCCGGUUCGUUCAGGCUCCGAGAAAAAAAAUAAACGGUCAGAAUUCGACAAAAGAAGGAAACAGACAAACGUUUCUUCCUGAUAUUUUGACAGUUUGUUGGGCGCAGGAAAGAAAGUUCAGCGACAGGAAAGCGAUAACUUUCCUGGCGAAUGCGCGGGAGGGUAGACUGUGUACGGGUGAGAGGCACCCAGUUUUCCAUGGUAUGCACAGCCAGCCGCGUCACCAAGUCUGAUGGGUUUUUGGAAGAGGAGAGAAACAGGAACGAAAUCCACGAAAAAAAACGAAUGAGGGGGUCCUGGCUGCUGUUGUUGUUGUCUUCACAUUUAUAACCGUUCCGGUCUCCGC